UGAUUGAUUGAGGUGUGAAUUUUUUCAUUAAAUGAAGCCUAUAUGAACAGAUACUAAUACAAACACAGUAGCCGAUAAUGCUUUGUUCAGAUUUUUAGAAAUUUAAUUAAUAGAAGUUGACAUUCUUUUUUAGUGGUCAGAUUGAAUGUACCCGUACUGAACUUCAACAUUCUUUUCAGCAUUUAGUUGUACGUGAAGUAUAACCAACACCAACUUUCAUUAAUUACGGUUUCAAUGCUUUCAUCCGUUAGGGUUUCUGAAAAUGUAUGUUAAAUACCAACCAAUCGGGUGUGGUGGAUUAUAAAAAAAAAUCCCAUUACUUGCAAAAUACACAUUGAUUCAUGGCACCAAAGAAGAAACCAAUCUUUAGACGCGAAGAUUUCAUGUAUGAGCUGGAAUGGAGUGAGAAGGUCGAUGAUUAUUUCAUCGAUCUUCUAGCUGUGGAAUCAUAUCGGGGGUGCUUUGAACGUGAUGGAAAAAAUACGCUUGCCUUGUUUAGCUGCCAAGAGGCUCUUCAAAGUAAGUUCAACAAAUUCUUCUCGUACAAGCACCUCACUAAGAAAGUGAAUAUGCUUCGGAAAAGGUUUUAUACAUUCCAUUGGAUACUGGCUCAAGACGGUGUUCGUUACAAUCAAACGACUAAUAUCAUUUCAACAACUGAAGAAGUGUGGGAUCGUAUUUUGAAGAUGAGUAACUUCGCAUAUUUUUACCGCGGUUCUGGAGAGCUUAAGUACAAUCAAUUGAAGUGUAUAUUCGGGCCCGACCCCGUGCAAGACCCCAACGCGGCAGAAGAAGUGGUUGUAUUGAUAUCUGAUGACAACAUAACCGACACUGAAGGAGUUGGUUGCUCCGGUGUUCCGGGCCGUGACGAUGGAGUUGACCGGUUAGGAAUUAACGCACAUGCGUUCGAGGCAGUCGCCGAGCUAGAAUUCGCUAACAUGCACCCUAACGAACAGCAUUAUGUCAUAAACAUUUCGUCGGACUCUUCGGAUAACGCUGACUUCGAUAUGCUAGGUUACCUCAACUAUAUUUCUGACUCAGAUUGCUCAAGAGACACUGAGUUGAGUACAGCAAACUCACGCCACGCUGACAAUUUUACGGAGAUUCAUGGAACCACAAUACUCCGGUCAAAAUCAGAGAACAUAAGGAAAUUCAACCAGUACGGAACUCCCAAGAGCUCAACAGCCUCUAACAAGCCGUCUCCGGUAAACUUCUUAACCCCAGCAAACAAAUAAGGUGAUUACAAGUU